GAUCAAACCCAGAAAUCAGUGCAGGAUGUGCUAACACCUGCUGUUGUUCCUCCGGUUUUCCUCUCUGAGAUGGAACUCUCUUUGCACGGCUCCCUUUCUAACAUAUCUAAACUCCACAACACCAGCAUGCUACAAAACGCCACUGAGAACUACACCAGCGACCAAGACAAUGAAGUCAACCUCCUUGACAUCCUGGGCCCAAAACAGUCUCCCUUCUUCCUCCCUGUGACUAGUGUUUACCUUCUCAUCUUCCUCAUCGGCCUAUCAGGAAAUCUGCUCACGUGCACAGUGAUAGCAAGGCACAAGAAGAUGCGCAACCCCACCAACCUCUAUCUGGUGAGUCUGGCUGUGUCAGACCUCCUUGUGCUUUUGUUCGGGAUGCCCCUUGAGAUUUAUGACCUGUGGCAGAACUACCCCUUCCCCUUUGGGGAGGGUGGCUGCUACUUCAAGACCUUCCUAUUUGAGACGGUCUGUUUUGCCUCAAUCCUCAAUGUCACAGCUUUGAGCGUGGAAAGGUACAUAGCAGUGUUGCACCCGCUCAAAACGCGGUACCUGUCGACUAAUCAGCACGCCAAGCGGGUCAUCGCCAUCGUGUGGCUUGUGUCGAUGAUCUGCGCAAUCCCAAACACUUCUCUGCAUGGCAUCUUCUACCUGCCAGAGAGGAUGGAGGAGUCGGCCAUAUGCACUGUGCUGAAGCCACUGUGGAUCUAUAACAUGGUUAUGCAGAUCACUACAGUGUGUUUCUAUUUUGUGCCCAUGAUGGUGAUCAGCGUGCUGUACCUGGUGAUGGGUCUUCAUCUGGGCAGAGAAAGGCGACUUCCCAGUGGGAACUUGGGAAAAAACAGUGGCAGCAAUAUCCAAAGGAAGCUGAACAUGAACGGGCGCAGGAGGCAGGUCAACAAGAUGCUUUCAAUUGUGGUCACAGUAUUUGGAGUCUGCUGGGCGCCCUUCCACAUCGAGCGGCUCCUGUGGAGUUCCAUCACCCAGUGGACCGAUUUGAUGCACAACAUUUAUCAGUACGUCCACCUCCUGUCAGGUGUCCUAUUCUACCUCAGCUCAGCAGUCAACCCUAUCAUCUACAGUCUACUCUCCACAAGGUUCAGGGAGUGUUUUCGAGAACUCAUGUGCUCCCAGGCAGAGGACAAUAGCUCUGUCAGAGACUCUCCGCCAUCCCCUAAGAUUUUACUGGCUCCCUCUCUGUCAAGCUCCCGAGCUCACCCUGAGGGUAAGGAUUCCAAUACUUUCAUCCCUUUGCUGUCUUCUGACAUGACACUGAGCAUGGACACUGCAAUCCUGACAUGCACAUGUAAAGAGAUGACCUGCAAGACCUCUGUGUUCUAACUGAGAUUUGUUUUGAACAAGCUAAUAAACAGAAAUCACUUAAAAGGAAUAGUUUGGACAUUUUGGGAUAUAUGCUUAAAUGAUUUCUUACAUAGAGUCAGAUGAGAUACGGAUACCACUCUCUUAUCUAUCAAGAAUGAAAUGAACAUCAGGAGAUGGUUUGCGUAGCUUGCCACAAAGACUGGACACAGGGGCAGACAGCUACCCUGGCUCUUUCCGAAGGUAACAAAAGCCACCAACUAGCACUUUUAAAUCUCACUCAGUAACACAUUAAUUAACAAAUUAUAUUGUGUUUGUUUAAUCUGUCCAAAAUGUCAGAUUGAUGAACUUAUUAGAUGUCAUUAAAGAGCUUGUAGGAGAAUGCAAUUUGUUUGUUAGGCUAUUAUGGGUAACAUAGUUCAACAGUGCCUGUAUAUUCCACCUGCUGUCUUACUGGGUCUGCUGUAUGCCUUAGAUCAGGGGUCAGCAACCCACGGUUCCGGAGCCACAUGCCUUGUUUUAAUAUUUUGUCGAUCAAAAUAUCCGCGACGUCCUGUUUGCGACACCUGUUGCUGCCAAAAAAGUGACUUAUUUUGGCCCCCGGUAAGCUAGCAAUGGACAAAUCAAAGAAGAGAAAAGUUUCAGACGAAAAUAGAUCGUUUAAUCCCUCAUGGACAGAUUUGUUUGCUAUUGCUGCUGUCAAAACUGGUUUACCGGUAUGCUUAAUAUGUGGUGAGAAAGUAGCAAACAUUUUUUUAUUUUAUUUCAUAUAUAUUUUAAGGCUGUACAAUUUAACGCUUUAAAUUAAAUUAAUUAAUUUUACCGCGCUGUUGUUUUUGUCAUAAUAAUUAUUUUUAA